AUGGAGACGAUAAAACCUGAAAUUCUCUUGAUUGAAUCCACUGUCCAAGCCGUUGAUCAUACGCGUCGGCGCGCACUGGCCGAGAGAUUCAAUAUUUUAUACUACGACUGCGAAUCAACACAUCAGUUCAAGGAACGCAUGAGACCUGGAGGACCCUAUGCGAAUAUCGUGGCAAUAGUUCGCAACGGUUGGCUCAAGGCUGGCCCACUUGCAUACCAGGUCCCUUUUGCUGCAGAUGUCGUACCCCAUUACCCUCCCUCUCUGAAGCUCAUCUGCUGUAGCGGUCAUGGGCAUGAUACAGCAGACAUAGAAGCUAUAACGGCCAAGGGGAUUUGGUACUGCAACACGCCCAAUGCUUGCACCGAAGCCGUCGCUAACACGACCUUGGCGCUGGUCCUCGACUCGUUUCGCUUCCUCACAUAUGCCCAGUGGUGUGCAAGAUUUGACUGGAUGCAAAGCCGACAACUUGGAACCCAGGCCGUUGACCCCAGUCACAAGUCUCUUGGCGUGGUAGGCUUGGGCGACAUCGGGUUAGCUGUUGCUCAGAAAUGUGAGGCGGCAUUCAACAUGAAGAUACACUACCAAGGCCCUCGACGGAAACUCGAGGCCGAGCAGACUUUGAAGCAUGGGGCCACCUAUUACUCUAGUGUAGACGACAUGAUUCCUCAUGUCGACUGCAUUGUCCUUGCUGCGCCUUACACAGAAGACACCCAUCACCUCCUCUCCAAGGAGCAAUUCUCUUUGGCCAAAAAGGAAGGCCUUCGGGUCGUCAACAUUGCAAGAGGGAAAAUGAUCGAUGAGGAGGCUCUUCUGGAAGCUGUCGAGAACGGGCAGGUAGUAGGCGCUGGCUUGGAUGUGCAUGCGAAUGAGCCUGGUAUAAAUCCCAGGCUCAAGGAUAAUUGGCGUGUCACGGUUCUUCCACAUAUUGGCGUGUGCUCGCGGACUAGCUGGGAGAAUUUUGAAAGAAUAAACCUGGACAAUCUGGAGGCCUUCUUCGAUACUGGCAAACCACUAACGCCUGUCAACAUCAUCAAGUAA